CAUCUUAUUUAUAUAUAUAACAUAAUGUCAUACUCACCAGCACCAGGUCAAUAUAAUCUACCACCACAACAGAGCACCAAUCUAAAUAAGACAUCACCUCCAGGUGCUCCUGGCGGUGGUGGAUACCCAGGUGCAGGACAAUAUAACUACCCUGCUCAGGGUGGAUAUCCUCCUCAGCAGGGCGGUGGUGGUUACCCUCCACAACAGGGCGGAGGCUAUCCUCCUCAAGGAUACCCAGGUGCUGCCCCACAACAGCAAUAUCCACCUCAACAGCUUCCACCUCAACAAUACCCAGCACAAACAUCAUCACCACAACAAUACCCAGGCUACAAUAGCGGUGCCUAUGGUGCCAAUAGCAGUGCAUACGGUGCCAGCAGUAGUAUGUAUGGAGCCAAUAGCAGUGCAUAUGGUGCCACUGGAGGUGCCUAUGGCUCAAAUCCAUACCCACCACAACAACCAUCACCAUACGGAGUUGGAGCAGUGGCAGUACCAAUGAUCCCAGGUGUGCCCGACGUCAACUACCUGCUUCAGUUCAAGGGAUACAAGCUCGACAGAAAGGACCUCUUCUCCAAAUCUGACCCAUUCCUCACGAUCUCUGUACCAAGAAACUACUAUGCAAACAAGUCAUAUCAAGGCUACGUCGAUGAGAAGGGAGGUGGUUCAUCACACGAUUGGAUCGUUAUCUAUCGUUCAGAGACACAUCACAAUGACCAGAGUCCAUCGUUUUCUCCAAUCACUCUAUCACUCAACGCUCUCUGUGGUGGCAAUCUGGAAAGACCAAUCAAGAUCGAAGUAUGGGACUUUGACUACAACGGUAGUCAUGACUUUAUAGGAUCAGGUGUUUCUACUCUCCGUGAGAUGGCCAUCAUGAAGGAACUUAGAUUGGUAAACAGAAGAAGGAUAGGAAUAUCAGACACUGCUGGAAUGUUACUCAUCUCAAGAUGUGGACCUGUUUAA